ACUCACUGACCACUUCAGUGGAAGAGGUGCAUUUAAAAGCAUCAGCAGCCGAGGCUCAUUAGUGUCAGAGGGACAGGGCAGAGACACGCUCAGGGGACAGAAAAAGCGAGACCGGAGUCCUUUGUGUUUCCUGUAGCUCCCGGUGUCGGUGAAACAACAGCUGGGCCAUGUGUGGUCACGUGGGCGUGAGCUGUUGGAGCCUGUUCCGUCGUCUGCUGUCCGGUGAGAGUAAAGAAGAGGAGGCAGACGAGGAGGAGGGCAGCGCUCACAGAGAGAGCAGCCAGCAGGAGCCUCAGCUGAAGGGCAUCGUGACGCGUCUCUUCAGCGAGCAGGGUUUCUUCCUGCAGAUGCAGCCUGAUGGAACCAUCAGUGGAAACAAGGACGAGAACAGCGACAACACUCUGUUUAACCUGAUCCCAGUGGGUUUGAGGGUUGUGGCCAUCCAGGGAGUGAAGGCUGGACUCUACGUGGCCAUGAACGCAGAGGGAUUCCUCUACACAUCGGAUGUGUUCACAUCAGAGUGUAAGUUUAAGGAGUCUGUGUUUGAGAACUACUACGUCAUCUACUCGUCCACGCUGUACCGGCAGCACGAGUCGGGCCGGGCCUGGUUCCUGGGCCUCAACAAGGACGGAGUCAUCAUGAAGGGAAACCGAGUGAAGAAAACCAAACCCUGCUCACACUUUGUCCCCAGACCCAUCGAAGUCUGUAUGUAUAAGGAGCCUUCGCUGCACGAGCUCGAGGAGAAGCUGCUGAAAUCCUCACGGAGCCCAACGAUGAACAGCGAAGAGCGGGCGAGGAGUCUGGAGCGUCAGCAGCAGCAGCCGGAGGACUCCACAGAGCAGGACGGGUCAUAGCCUGCAGCGCCCCCCGCAGGAAGAGGAGGAGGAGGCGAACUCCCAUUUUAACACUCCCUCUGUUCAGCAACAACAGCAACUACAACCACACCAACUACAACAACCGCCACGACGACAAUGACGACGGCGACGAAAACAAAGAAAAAAAGAAGCUUAAAAAAAAAAAAAACGGAAAAAAUCUUCUUGCUUGUGAUGAAAUAUUUUAAAUCUUGGGGGUGGGGGGUGGCGGAGAGAGGGGCUUGUUUGAAAACGAGAAAAAUCAGGACGUUGAUGAUGAUGAUUUACAUUUUAUGCAAAAAGCCCUGCUGAGACGGCGCCGGGAGGCUAGCACACCUACUCUUCAUCGCCACAUUGUAAUCAUCAUCAUCAUCUUCAUUUCUGUCACGACGAUGACAAAAUGUUUUCCGAGUCGAGCGAGCGCUGAGAACUCCAAAGCUUUAAGCCAUGUAGAAACUUCACCUCCUUUUAUUUCUUAAUGAAUGCAAAAACUUUCGCACUUUCAACACGUCGUGCUUCUUCUUCUCCAUGUUGUUCAAUCCAAUCAGAAAGAAGAGUUUUUUUCUGUUUUGUCUUCUUCAGCGGCCACAUCUGGUUUGUUUGUUGUUUUGUUUUGUUUUUUUUGUUGGGUUGACGAAUUGUGAGUUUUGUUCCAGACACUGCCGAUAAAAAGGGUCAGAGGGGAAAGAACGAAUACUCAGAGACUUCCUGCUCUGUUCGGACGUCAGGUCAGUCAGGUGACGUCUGGUCCACGUGAUUUGAUAAUCGAUCAGUCCAACAGCCCGUCGGUCUGUUCAGUACCUGCAGGAGAAUCCAGGUGUUUCAGUCUGUUUCACGCCUGUCGAUCAUUGUACCAGUCCUCCAUCAGGUUUUACAUGAAUCUCGUUCCUUCUGUGCAGAAGUUGUUUUCAGUUCUUUUCUGUGAAAAUCAUAUUGCAGAGACCAGAAAUGUUGUGCAGAGAGAUAAUCUAUCCUAAGGUGCAAUAAAGUCACCUUUGGAUAGAUUAUUAAAGGAUUAAUGUAAAUCUAGAAACGGCAAACCCACCAGUCAGACGGUUAGAGGCUAAACCCGGGGCAGCCUGUUGCUGAGCAGCACGUGGAAACGACUGCGUGAAGCGGACUCAGUAACAGACACUGGCAGAGACGUGUAGUGUUUAUGACGCCUGCACCACAUCAGAUGCUUCAUAUAA